ACCGAAAAUCUUCUCCCUCUCGCCUGUGUCCAUUCAUUUGGCCAUUGCUUCGGUCACUAGCAGUCUCUUAUUGCCCAUUCCUAAGUCAACAAUAUGCUGGUCGCUCAACCCCAGGCCCAUGAUGUCUCUUUGCACCUCUUUCAACAAACCCGAACCAAAAGUCACAGUCAAGGAGACGCUCUCUGUUAGGGAUAUUGCACAACAAUGGCUUGACAAGUUCGCAUCUGCACUCUCCAAGAACGACCUCACCCAACUCCCAUCGCUCAUUCACACUGAAUCCUGGUGGCGAGACCACCUCGUCCUAGAGUGGGACUUCCAUACCCUCCACACCCUCCCAACGAUCACAUCCUUCUUGCAAGGCCGGCUAGCGAAAUGUCAGUUGUCCAACUUUAAGCUCGCCGAGUCUAGCCAAUUUGCUUCUUCGUUAUCGACUCCGAUCGAAGGACUCGAAUGGAUCGAGAGUAUAUUCUCCUUUAAGACCGAAAUCGGCCGAGGCAAGGGUAUAAUCCGGCUCGUUCAGGGCGAGGACGGCGUGUACAUAGGCUAUAUGCUACACACAUCGUUGCAGGAGUUGAAGGGAUUCGAAGAGGUCUCGGGCGCCAGAAGACCUCACGGCGGCAACAACUCCUUGGCCGGAGGCGUCAAGUCAGGCAACUGGUUCGAACGGCGACAAAAAGCCGUAGAAUUUGAAGACGAGCAGCCCAAAGUCCUCAUCAUAGGCGCAGGCCACGCCGGGUUGAACAUGGCAGCUCGCCUUCAAUCACUCCGUAUGACGAGCCUUGUCAUCGACAAGAAUGCUCGCAUCGGCGACAACUGGCGCUCUCGCUAUCGGACCCUUGUCACUCACGAUCCGGUCCAAUACACGCAUAUGUGUGGCCUUCCCUUCCCAAGCACAUGGCCUCUUUUCACACCCAAGGACAAACUGGGCGAUUGGUUCGAGGCGUACGCCUCACUCAUGGAGCUGAACGUCUGGACGAGCACGAAGGUCGGAUCCGUUGACUUCUCCGACAGCGAGAAGAAGUGGACAGUCACCGUCUCGCACCCGGCAAGGGGCAAGAGAACAUUGACGUCGAGUUACCUGGUCUUCUGCACUGGCCACGCCGGCGAGCCCAAGAUCCCGAGCUUCCCUGGCCAACAAACAUUCAAAGGCACAGUGUACCACGGGAGCCAGCACCAAGACGCUACCCAGAACACCGGGUCAGUGGCUGGGAAGCGCGUAGUUGUCGUCGGCACCGGUAACUCUGGCCACGACAUCGCUCAGAACUACUUUGAAGCAGGAGCAGCUGAGGUCACCAUGCUCCAGCGUCGGGGUACAUAUGUCAUCCAAGCCUCGAAAGGGCUCUUCAUGCUUCACGAGGGCCUGUACGACGAAACCCGCCCACCGAUCGAGGAUGCAGACGUGUACGGGCAGAGUCUGCCGAUCCCGGUCCAGUUCGCGCUCAACUUCGGACUCACCCAGCAGAUCAAAGAAGCCGAAAAGGACAACAUCGAAGGUCUGGAAAAGGCAGGGUUCAAGCUUGACUUUGGCCAUGACGGCUCGGGCAUCUAUCGCAAAUAUGUCACCCGUGGUGGUGGCUACUAUAUCGACGUCGGAGCUAGUCAGCUCAUCAUCGACCGGAAGAUCAAAGUGGUCCAGUCACCCGAAGGCAUCCAGGGCUUCGAAGAGCACAAUCUCAUUCUGGGUGAUGGGAGGAAGUUGCCGGCCGAUAUUGUUGUGCUUGCAACGGGGUAUGACAACAUGCGAACGACAGCAAGGAAGGUCCUAGGGGACAAGAUUGCCGACCGUGCGAAAGACGUCUGGGACCUGGAUGAGGAGGGAGAGGUUAACGCUAUUUGGCGCCCCUGCGGCAAUCCUCGCUUAUGGUUCAUGGGCGGAAGUCUGGCCUUGUGUCGGAUCUAUUCGCGCUUCGUGGCGCUGCAGAUCAAAGCGAUCGAAGAAGGGUUGGCGGACGGAUAG